ACCCGGUAGAGACACCGAAAACCGACCCCACACCAACGCACCGUCUCUGUAACCGACCGAUCAACAGACAGACAGACCGAUCGGUGACGCGCGCGCGAAGCAGAGGAAGAGGAAGAAAAAGAAAAAAGAAAGAUAUAAAACCAUGGCCAACGACGACCAACCGCAGACGCAGCUCAGCCUGCCGUCGCUGGUGGCGAUCCUGGUGCUGUCGGGCCUGGUGGUGCGGUACCUGUUCUUCUCGUCAUCUUCCUCGUCGUCAUCGUCGUCCUCGUCGUCGUCGAGAUCGGCGAGAGCCGGAAGAGCCGGGGCGGACCCGGCGGCGCUGAUGCGCUCGCGCGAGGAGGCCGCCGAGAGGAUACAGCAGAUGUUUCCGCAGGUGGACAGGCGGACGGCGCUGUGGGAUCUGCAGCGCACGGGGGGGAACAUUGCCGCUACCACGGAGCGGAUUUUGGCCGGGAGGUUGGAGACGCCACCCGUCACCUUCCAGCCACCCCCGCCCCCGGGCAGCGCCAACAAUAACGGGAACAACACCCCGCAAGCGUCCAAGCCCGCCGCCGGGCCUGCCUAUCCGGAUCUUAUUACACGAUACAACCUGAAAGACAAGCUCAACGCGCCAGCGGACGAGUCCGAGGGCAAUGGCGAGGCAAGCGGGAAGGGUGCCGGCAAGGGGUGGAGCUCGAACCGCGAGGAGAGGCAGGCGCUCCUGCAGAAGCGGAGGGAUCAGAUGAUCCUUGAGGCCAGGCGGAAGAUGGAGGCCAAGAUUGCCGCCGAGAAGGCGAAGGCUGCUGGAGGCAGCUGAUCAGUUCAAGAUUCAAUCAGGAGAGUGCUUGGAGUACGUAUAUAUAUGACUGAGAGGAGGGGGGGAGAGCAAGCGGGGGGAGGGGGGAAGAGGGGUUGACGAGCAGCAGGAUACAUGGAUGCGGGAUCGCAGUUUGCUUAUGAAAGCUAUGACGCUUGAAGGUGGAAGUAUACAUAGCACUCCGUGGAAUAGCACGGGGCUUGUGAGUAAGCCUUGGUGACCAGGAUAGAUGCAAAUUGCAUACUCGGGCCAGUGGGC